AUUGGAUUAGCAGGUGCGAGCAGUCCGUAAUUGAAAGAGAAUUUGAGUGAAAACAAAAUCAUGUGUGAGAAGUUUUAAACAAUGCUAUAAUUUGUUUUAUAAAUAUGGAUGAUCAACUUACUUCAGGGCCUUACAGAGCUACGUUGUUGUGGAAUGGGUUGAUAAGAAACUUUCGUUCAGAUAUUCCACUUGGCAGACACCGCCGCUAUAUGAAAACUUAUGAUGAUUGUUUUGUGGCCUCGGAUGCAGUGGAAUGGUUGCACCAAUAUUUAAAGAAGAAUCCAAACUUUGGUACAGAUGUGUCAAGAGCGCAGAGUGUGCAGUUGUUACAGAAGUUACACAAAGCCAAAGUAUUUGAAGAUGUUAGAGGACAGAAACAUAACAGGGGCGAGUUUACAGACAAUGCUAGGCUUUUCAGACUUACUCUUAGUUCACCUUCCAAGGCAGUGAGGACUCCAAUAGCUCUCAGAAACAACCUUAAGCUUGCCAACCUGAGGAGAUCCCCGCUAACAAAACCAAUGACGCCCUCACAGCCAGUGAAACUUGACUUUGACAAGAUGGCAUCUAUGCCUUCCAUACCGGACAACACAAGUACGCUUCCUGAAUGUCACUUCAUGUCAAAACCACUGUCAGCACAGGAGAUAGAGAAUGAGUGGAAAAACAUGACAUUACAAAGCUUACAGAAGAUCCUUGGUGUUGAUGCGCUUGGUGAUAUUAUUGAUGCUGAAUAUGUGAGAGGAAGGUUCAUCAUGCACAACUGUCUGUAUGUCAACAAAAGUGGAGUUGUAACAAAUAUUGAUUCUAAAGAUCAGUUACCACACUGGGCACUCUCUGCCAUGAAAUGCCUUGCCUACUGGCCUGAUAAGAUUGAUGAAAAUUUACCCAAUUAUCCCGGUUUUGAGAAAGAUGUGUUCCGUGUUGUCAAGGAUUAUUUCUGUGAGCUACCUGAACCUCUGAUGACAUACAACAUGUAUGAGGUCAUAACUAAUGUGUUUGUGAAAUCAUCCAAUCAGAAAACAGGACAGCAAUCUUGUGUCAACUUACCUAGUAACUGUGAAUACUCUAACUCCACUCCUAAAUACAUUAAUGCAUAUAAAUCUGUUGAAAAUUUGCUCAUGAAAUUAACUAGAAAUUCCAAAACUUCUGCAGAGUGUCAGGAUGCUUCAGAAGGGUAUUCCAGUGGGAAUAUUUUAGAUUUGUCUCCAAUCCAGCCUGUCCACAACUCUAGUCAUAACAACAAACAAAGUGAUCCUGUGACAAGAUACGAGACAGCUUUUGGACCAGAUAAUAAGACAGUUACACGUGUAUUCUACGCGGAUGGUGUAGCAACAGAUUUUAAUCAUAUAGAUGGAGAAACAGAUAUAGAAGCUACACCAAUAGAGACUCACUUUGAAGAUUCACCACCAGGGGGAGACAGUGGAGGAUCAUUCUCUAGGAAAAAUGGUUUACGGCAUUCAAUGCAUAAUUUAUUUAAUAGAGGAACGUCAAAUAGGGGAAAGAAGGUAAAAGGAGAGAAAUCAGUUUCACGAAGACGUAGUGCUGGCUUUAAUUUGAAUGAGGAGGAGAACUAUGGCUGUACUGUAGGUGUUUAUAGCAGGACAACGUCAGACAGUGGUUCCCACUGUACACCUGUCUCCAGGCAGGUACCAGUCACCAGGUCAGAGUCUUGUGCUGCAGGGCUCGGGGACAAGGUAAACAGGAGAUAUGCAAAUGGUAAACCCCCUGCCUAUGCUAUGCCACCUUCCUACGAUGCCUUAUACCCUGAAUCCUUAUACCCUAAAACCAAUCAUCCAGUUACGGACACUUCUAGAAAGUUUUUAAAAAGGAAAAAGUCCAUAUCAAGCGCAUCAUUGAAUCAAGGAAAAUCAUUUAUAGAAAAUAGUGACAGUGGAAAAGGGAAUACUUCCUCCUUGUCAGACAAAGCACAUGGAAGCCGGAACUGUGAUACAGAUGUAUUGGUUGGGCGGAGUUUAAGUAUGUCAGACUUAGCUGCUGCUGCACCUCCAGUGGAGAAUGAACUUCAGAAGCAGUGUAUGGGCAGGAUACAAGAGAGUGAAGACAGUGUAUUUAUGGAUGAUUGUACAGAGAGAAUAAUCAAGGCUUUACAGCUGGUCUGUUUGAUCCUGCCACCAGCCAAUCGUAGAAGACUGCAUUUGUUACUUCGUCUUAUGAACAAAAUGUCAACCAAUAGAAAACUAGUAUUAGAUGAAACACAACCAUCAAGAACCUUGUUACUGGAGACAUUUUACCGUGCUGUGUUGUGUUGCCAAGACGAGAGUGAGAUGGAUGACCUGUUAGUUAUACAACUUGUCUCCUUCCUCAUGGAUCAUUACAUGGAAAUAUUCUCUGUACCCGAAGACCUGAAAACUAAUGUAGAACUGCGUGUAGCCAAAAUACAGAGGACAAAGGUUGAAGACUGUAAUUUAGAUAGCAACCUCUUCAUAAGAAUUCGCUACUCCUCAGAUGAUGCUACAUCCCUCCAUUUCUGCAAGCAAGUGUCCCUUGAUGAGUACGAAAAUCAAAAAUUGACGUCAUCCCAACAAGCUCUGGCUACGCUGCUUGAGGAAAUUGUCUCUGAUAAAUCCAUGGCUCUCAAGGACAAGAAAAAGAGGCUGAAACAGUUUCAGAAGAUGUACCCAGAGAUAUACAUGCAUAGAUUUCCAUGUAGCCAGAGUGAGGCUGAGCUGUUUCCACCGAGACCUAAGAUCAAACAACCCCUGCUGUCUAAACCACUACUCAAACUAAAAGGGCUGAGGUUGUAGCGACAAGACAUUUACCUGACCUGCAUCAACAUUGUUAAUAUCAGAAAAAAUACAUUAACUGAUCUUAGUAACAGAUUUUAAUAUGCUACUUGAAAAUAGAAAAAGGCAUAUGUAGGAAGAUUUAUGUUAAAAUUUGACUAUGCAUUUGAUUGAAGUUUUAAAUGUUUUACCAGGGUAGUGUUCUUUGUGAAAGAUACAAUAUCUGGAAUUUUGAAGCAAUCUUUUUUACAUUAUACAAGACUGGAGAAAGCUUUCUGCAUUCAAUUAUAAACUGUUUUGUAGUUCUUCCUUGGUUGCAAGUUUCCUUAUGCCUGUUGAAAUAAAGAUGAAUAUUCAUGUAUUUAAGUAAAUAUGCAGCCAAACUAAAAUGGCAAAGAUAUGAAAAGUACAGGAGGUGGUUCGUAUGCAGGAACAACUUCAUACUUUUUCAAUGUUGGAUUAUUGAGUAAAGUCCCAUGAUAGACAAGUCAUGUUUUAUUAAAAACCUUCAGAUUUCUUGAUUAGUUACUGGCUGAAAACAAAUUUUUUUUUGCUCAGUAAUAUUCUUAAAUUGACCCAUUUGUUAUUUUAGAUAAUACAUUUUUACCAACCAGUUUUCAUAAAGUCAUACCUGGGCGUUCUUUCAACUUGAGCACUUUCAGUUGUUUCUGUAAAAAGAAGAAGACCAGUUAAGUGGAUGACUGGAUGGAUGUUUGUCAAUCUUCUGUUGCAGUCUUGCGUACAUGCCUGAAUUAAUGCUCCGAGGGGCAUGGGGAUGGGGGUCUUCCUUCAACAAUGGAUGACACAAAGUACAAGCUAUCAAAGCCUGAAAACUCUUGGACAAAGUGGGGUCUGUCAGAAUAUGAAAACCCCCAAAUAAAUCUUUAGGAACUUCCAAGUUUAGCUUCAUUUGUUCCACCCAUUCUUUCUGUAAUUAAUCUUUGGAAGGUGAUUUUCUGUACAUCUUAUUAAGGGAAAACAAGUGCUCUGUCUUACAAAAAAAUUUAUUUGUUCAAUUAUGACCAAACCAUUACAUAUUUUAAACAUAGGUCUGAAAAAAAUUAUAACUUAUAAGAUGCGCUGAGGACAUAUCAGAUUAGUUGAUCAGUUUUUAUUCUUAAUUGAACUUAAAUGGCUUUUAUUUUUGUGGUAAAGGACAGAUGAGCCAUUUUUGGUUCAGAACAUAUCCGGAGCUUGACCAUUAAACAGAGCUUACAAUUUUGUUUAUUUGAGAUGGUCAGUGUGUUUAAAUAGACAUGUAUUAACAGUAUCAGUUACAUGUAUGUUACUUAUGUCAUGUUUUCAGUUAUUUUUUAGCUCGAGUUAUGCCCCUUGUUGACUUAGAACUUUUGGUUUAAGUUUUUUAUAAAGUCAAAUAUCUCUGAUACUAUCAAAGCUAUUCAUCUGAAACUUAAAAUAGUUAUUUACUAUCAAAGUCUACACCAGGAGAAACAAUCCCCAUAACUCUGAUUUGAAUUUGACAGAGUUAUGCUCCUUUUUAACUUAAAAUUUUUGAUAAAGUCAAAUAUCUGUUAUUAUCAAAGCUAUUGACUUGAAACUUAAAAUAUUUAUUUACUAUCAAAGUAUACACCAGGAGAAACAAUCCCCAUAACUCUGAUUUGAAUUUUGACAGAGUUAUGCCCCUUUUUAACUUAGAAUUUUCGGUUAAAGUUUUUUAUAAAGUCAAAUAUCUCUGUUACUAUCAAAGCUAUUGACUUGAAACUUAAAAUAGUUAUUUACUAUCAAGUCUACACCAGUAGAAACAAACCCCAUAACUCUGAUUUGAAUUUUGACAGAGAUAUGUCCCUGUUUAACUUAGAUUUUUUGGUUUAAGUUUUAUAAAGUUUUUAUUGGCAAAGCUCUAAUUCAGAGUCAAGCACUGAGAAAAGUCGUUGACUCGAGUGCGCUGUCUUACGGACAGCUCUUGUUACACAUUGACUUUAGCCUUUUAAACUAUGGCAAACAUAUAUUCUUUCAACUGUUAUGCACUUGUUACUAUUUCACUUUUACAUUUGUUAUUUUUCAAUCAUGUAUGUACAUUUGUAUGAUUAAUCUAUUACCUAUUUUGAAAUACGUCUUUGCAAUAAAAGUUAUAAACCUGCUAA